AUGAUCAAGAGGUGUUGGCUGGAACAAACAAAGACCGCAUACCGAACAUGUGAAAGUGUUCUCGAAUCGGCACAACUCCAUGUCAAGAACCUCCAUCAACACCGCGAGUACCUUGCCAGAUUGCGAUACGGAGGUAAUUGCUCGGCUUGUCUACUGGAGCCUUGGACGCACACACUACCGUGCAAACACGGGCUCUGUACCUUGUGCUUGCGGGCUUGCGACGGCAAGGAAACGGAUGGAUGCCGUAUAAUCGUGAACGAGUGUCCCGUUUGUGAGCUGAGCGUCGGAUCUAGAUGCAUCCGAAAAUUUAUCCCACCGACUGCAACAUUGCGCGUCCUGGCCCUCGACGGUGGCGGCGUCAAAGGCUUGGUACAACUGCAGGUUCUCCAAUACCUUUGUGACGAGAUCGGGCUACGCGACACCGUGCACAUAUCUACCUUUUUCGACCUCAUGGUUGGCAGCAGUAUAGGUGGUAUAUGUGCGUUAGGUCUUGGGACUAGGAAAUGGUCGCUAGAGGAGUGCAGAAUGAAGUUUCUCAAGUUCACCGAGCAAAUCUUCGCCCCGAAAAGCUGCUUCGGCAGACUGCUGUCUCGUUUCACUGGUGGCUGGUUUGCUAUACUAUCUAACGUAGCCAAACUCAUAUUUUUCGAUAGCAUAUACGAUUCGGCUCCGAUUGAGACGAUUCUUCAGGAAAGCUUUGGCGAAACCUCACUCAUGAUACAAAGUGAUCUGGAACACCCAACCAGAGUUGCUGUCGUUGUCAAUCAAGCAUCCACCUCCGGACCAACGGUGUUUGCCAACUAUAACAAGUCGCGUCACAGUAAGAAUGGAGCUUACAUGUGGCCAGCGAUGGAUAGUCUUUACCGGUCGCUCAAGAUAUGGGAAGUAGCUCGCGCGACAUCGGCCGCACCAGGGUUCUGGGAUACCAUCACACUGCUUGGUAGCGCAUACCAAGAUGGCGGACUGAGCCACAAUAAUCCAUCUGCCAUUGCGAUCAGCGAGGCCAACGUGCUG